AGUUCAUUGUGGGAGUCGGAUGGAGGCUGGUGGAAAGAGAAAGAGAGAUCAUAAUAGAGGGAUCUGCGGGUUAGGACAUCUGUGUGCGCACUUUAACUUGAAUGUAUCUUGACACACAGCUAUUAGGGUGUAUAGGAACCCAAAGAGGAACCAGAAAUCCCUGUUGCUACCCUCCUGAUCUGAACAGCUGAUGGUUUCUAGAUCCAGCACAAAUAUUACAUUGCGGUGAGAUGGAGGAUGGGAAGCCGGUGUGGGCGCCUCACCCUACUGAUGGGUUCCAGCUGGGCACCAUUGUGGACAUUGGAGCUGACAGUCUGACCAUCGAAUCCCUCAAGGAGAAAGGCAAGACAUUUCGUGCUCCUGUUAGCCAGGUUUUUCCGGCCGAGGACGACGUCAACAAACAUGUCGAGGACAACUGCUCAUUGAUGUACUUGAAUGAGGCGACCCUUCUGAAUAACAUCCGUGUGCGCUACAGUAAAGAUAAAAUUUAUACGUAUGUAGCCAACAUUCUGAUAGCAGUGAAUCCCUACUAUGACCUUCCAAAGCUCUAUUCCCCUGAGACCAUCAAGCAGUACCAGGGCCGAUCUCUGGGGACGCUUCCACCGCACGUGUAUGCCAUCGCUGAUAAAGCGUACCGUGACAUGAAGGUGCUGAAGAUGAGUCAGUCGAUCAUCGUCUCUGGUGAAUCGGGUGCCGGAAAGACUGAAAACACAAAGUUUGUACUUCGGUACUUAACAACGUCAUACGGGACGGGUCAAGACAUCGAUGAGAGGAUAGUUGAAGCAAAUCCUUUGUUGGAGGCAUUCGGGAACGCGAAAACAGUCCGCAACAACAACAGCAGCCGCUUUGGCAAGUUUGUGGAGAUUCAUUUUAACCAAAAGAACGCGGUGGUCGGCGGUUUUGUGUCCCACUACCUUCUGGAGAAAUCACGUAUCUGCACGCAGGGUCAAGAUGAGAGGAACUACCACGUCUUUUAUAGGCUGUGUGCCGGAGCACCAGAGGACAUCCGUGAGAAAUUCCAUGUGUCCUCUCCAAACUGCUUUAGGUACCUAAACCGAGGAUGUACACGCUACUUUGCUACAAAAGACACGGACCAGAAGAUCUUGCAGAACCGCAAGAGCCCAGAGCACCUGAAGGCAGGCCCUUUGAAGGACCCACUGCUGGAUGAUCAUGGUGAUUUUAACCGCAUGGUAGUGGCUAUGAAGAAGAUUGGAUUGGACGAUGCGGAGAUGCUGGAUCUGUUCAGGGUGGUGGCUGGAGUCCUCCACCUCGGGAACAUCGACUUCGAGGAAGCAGGCAGCACUUCAGGAGGCUGUAACUUAAAGAAGCAGUCAAGCCAGCCUCUGGAGCACUGCGCUGAGCUGCUCGGGUUGGAUGAAGAAGACCUACGAGUUAGUCUCACCACCAGAGUUAUGCUCACAACAGCAGGAGGCGCUAAAGGCACUUCUAUCAAGGUUCCUCUGAAAGUGGAGCAAGCAAAUAAUGCACGUGAUGCAUUAGCAAAGGCCAUUUACAGCCAUCUCUUCGAUCAUGUGGUCACCAGAGUCAAUCAGUGCUUCCCUUUUGACUCCUCGGCUAAUUUCAUUGGCGUGCUGGACAUCGCCGGCUUCGAGUAUUUUGAGCACAACAGUUUUGAGCAGUUCUGCAUCAACUACUGUAACGAGAAGCUGCAGCAGUUCUUCAAUGAGCGCAUCCUCAAAGAGGAGCAGGAGCUGUAUCAGAAAGAGGGACUGGGAGUGAAUGAGGUGAAAUACGUUGACAAUCAAGAUUGUAUAGACCUGGUAGAGUCAAAACUCGUGGGCAUCUUGGACAUUUUGGAUGAAGAAAACCGUCUACCUCAGCCAAGCGAUCAGCACUUUACUGAAACCGUCCACAGCAAGCACAAAAAUCACUUCCGCUUAAGUGUUCCCAGGAAGUCGAAGCUUACAGUGCACAGGAACGUGAGGGAUGAUGAAGGGUUCAUCAUCAGACAUUUUGCAGGAGCUGUGUGUUACGAGACGAGCAUGUUUGUGGAGAAGAACAACGACGCCCUGCACAUGUCCUUGGGGAGUCUCAUUAGCGAGUCAAAGGAUCGGUUUAUACGCGAGCUCUUUGAGAACUCCAACAGUUCCAAAGACAUCAAGCAGAAAGCAGGAAAGCUCAGCUUCAUCAGCGUGGGCAACAAAUUCAAGACCCAGCUGAACAUCCUGCUAGACAAGCUCCGCAGCACGGGCUCUGGUUUUAUCCGCUGUGUGAAGCCCAACUUGAAGAUGGUGAGCCACCGAUUUGAAGGCUCGCAGAUCUUGUCGCAGCUCCAGUGUUCAGGGAUGGUGUCAGUUCUGGACUUGAUGCAGGGUGGCUUCCCGUCCCGUGCUCCCUUCCACGAGCUCUACAACAUGUACAAGCAGUACAUGCCCCCCAAACUCACCCGCCUGGACCCCCGGCUUUUCUGCAAGGCUCUGUUCAAAGCUUUGGGCCUGAAUGAAAAGGACUACAAGUUUGGACUCACUCGAGUCUUCUUCAGACCUGGAAAGUUUGCAGAGUUUGAUCAGAUAAUGAAGUCGGAUCCAGAUCAUCUGGCUGAACUGGUGAAACGGGUCAACAAGUGGCUCAUCUGCAGCCGCUGGAAGAAGGUUCAGUGGUGUGCUCUGUCAGUCAUCAAAUUGAAGAAUAAGAUGCUGUAUCGGGCCACUGCCUGUGUUAAGAUGCAGAAGACUGUACGCAUGUGGCUGUGCAAGAGAAAACACAAACCUCGCAUCGACGGCCUGGUGAAGCUGCGCAGCCUGAAGAAGCGGAUCAGCAUGCUCAAUGAAGUUGUGACUGGCCUCAAAGAGAGCAAACAGGAAAUGAGCAAACAGAUCCAGGACCUGGAAGUCUCCAUUGACACACUCGUAUGCAAGAUUAAGAGCACUGUGAUGAGCCGCAUAGACAUGGAUCACGAGCAUCAAGCGCUGGUGAUGCGCUCUGAGCGCCUCCUUGGUGCCAUGCAGAAACAGAAACAGGAAGAAGAGGAGCGUGAGAGACUACGCCACAUCCAGGAAGAGAUGGAGAAAGAGAGGAAGAGGAGGGAGGAAGAGGAGAGACUCCGUAAACAAGCAGAAGAGGAGAGGCGCUUGAAAGCUGAGAUGGAGUUGAAGAGGAAACAGGAAGAAGAGGAAAGGAAAAAGAGGGAAGAAGAGGAGAGAAGAUUGCAGGAGGAGAUGGAGCGGCAGCUACAGGCCGAGCGAGAGGAAGAGGCGGCCCGGCAGGCGAUACUGGAGCAGGAGAGGCGGGACCGAGAGCUGGCUCUACGAAUUGCUCAGAGUGAGGCGGAGCUUAUUCCUGAGGACACAGGAGAUGGACUGCGCAGUAAUGACAGUGUCCCAUCAUCCCCCGAGAGAGCAACUGUUCCUGCACCACAAAAACUCAAGGGUGUGACCAUGGAAGAAAUGGCCCAGGAAAUGUCCAAGCUUCUUGCUAGAGGUCGGCAGGUACAAGCCACGAAGACUGCAGCCGGCACCAAGAAGCACGACCUUAGCAAGUGGAAGUACGCAGAGCUCCGAGACGCCAUCAACACUUCCUGCGAUAUUGAGCUGUUAGCUGCAUGCCGAGAGGAGUUUCACCGCAGGCUGAAGGUCUACCAUGCUUGGAAAUCGAAGAACAAGAAACGGAACACUGAGUCUGAGCAGAGGACUCCCAAAUCGGUCACAGACUACGCCCAGAACUAUGUGGCUCCUCCAAUCCCGGCCCGGCAACAUGAGAUCCUGAUGAACCGCCAGCAACGCUACUUCCGCAUUCCCUUUGUCCGCCCUGGCGAUCAGUACAAAGACCCACAGAAUAAGAAGAAGGGAUGGUGGUAUGCACACUUCGAUGGGUCGUGGAUUGCCAGACAGAUGGAGCUCCACCCGGAUAAGCAUCCCAUUCUUCUAGUAGCCGGCAAGGAUGAUAUGGAGAUGUGCGAGCUGAAUUUAGAGGAGACAGGUCUAACCCGUAAGCGUGGAGCGGAAAUCCUUGCCAGGCAAUUUGAGGAGAUCUGGGAGCGCUGCGGAGGAAUCCAGUAUCUGAGAAACGCUAUUGAGAGCCGACAGGCACGUCCCACCUACGCCACGGCAAUGCUGCAGAGCAUGCUCAAGUAGACAGACACACACUAUCACACACUGUCAGGCAACCAUUAAACCAUGACUAUGCUGCCGAAACUGCUCAAGUAGAGACACACACUAUAUCUGAACCAUUAAAGAUUAGAUAUCUUACUAGUUUGAAGGGAAGAAUGGAGUUUCUCUUGUAGUCAGAAUUUAGAUAGUAAUCCACUUUAGACUCACUUUUUCACCAAUGAAGUUAUUGUUGACAUUGUGUCUUUUGCCCUUUUAAUUUUACCCUAUUUACUUAUUUUUCUCCUUAAAUUUGUCACAUUGAUUUACAGUGAAUUUGGUGCAUUAUUAUAUUUGAUUUUUUUUUCUUGCACAUCUUUUUCUUCAGUAAAUCUGUAACUGCAACUUUUGAGGCCUUAAUAACCACAAUUGCAAAAUGCAUCUCAGUGUACCAUUUUGUAUAUUAUGUGAUGUAUGAAAUAUUGAUAAGCAAGUGUUAAUAAUUUCAUCAUCCCCAUAGGGAUAUUCCAAUUUUGUGCAACUGUAUAGUUAUCGCAACUUCUUUAGAUUUAAAUUAAGGUAGAUUAAAUGAAGAAUUUCAGCGACUGAGGAAAACUAUUUGCUCUUUAAAUUAAACUUUGCACACAAUUACAGUAACAGUUGUGAUAAUGAUAACAAUGGUCUUUUUAUUGUUUGUUCAUUAUUUUCAUGGUAACAAUAGCAUUUUGUCAGUUACUGUUUACACGAGUUAAAAAAAAAACUUGUUUGUAGUUCAGGUCUAAACUCUAAAUGAUGCACUAUAUUUUUCUGAGCGAUUUUUCUAGGAUUUCUUCACCUGUAUUGUUAAGCUGUACCUGAUGAUCUUCCAGCUCCAACUGAAUGUACAGAAAUUUUUACACCAUUUUACACAAAGCCCUUAAAGACAUAAAAUUGAGAACUAGAAUGUGUUUCAUUGAAUAACUUGAAUAGUUCCUGAAUUUUCAUUAUGCUAGUCAAGAAGGAUAACUGUUAGUAGUUUUUUUUUUCUCCAAAAUUAUAAUGUGUCUAAAUUGUACUUUUUUUGUUGUUAGCAAGUGAAGUGUAAUGAAAUUUAUGCAAUGCUUUAAUUAACGAAUACAUAUUUUGAAAUGAGUGUGGAGUUGUGUUUGCUCUGGUUUUGGUUGGACCAAGUAUACAGUACCAGUCAAAAGUUUGUACACCUACUUAUUCAUAGGUUUUUCUGUAUUUUAACUAUUUUUUACAUUGUAGAACAAUACUGAAGACAUCAAAACUAUGAAAUAAAAUAUGGAAUUAUGUGGUUAAAAAAAAUCAUAUUUUAGAUUCUUCAGCGUGGAUGAGUUUCCUGCCUUCUUAAUGAGUUUGAGAUCAAAUAGUAAAUAAAAAUACAGUAAAUACCCCUAUUCCACAACUGCAGUAAUCCAUAUGUCAAGAACCGCUCAACUAUGUAAAGAGAAACGACAUCCAUCAUGACUUUAAGACAUGACACAUCUUUUAAUUAGAAUUAGAAAGUGUGUCCAAGCUUUUGACUGAUACUGUACAUAUUCUAGCAAAUAACUAAUGGGUCUCAUGAGGGGAUACAACUUUUGUACAACUUUUGAACGUCAGCUGCUGUGUGCAUGACCUCACAAACUGGAAUAAAUAAACUUGUCCAUAUUC